AUGGAGACCGCCGGAGACCUCAUUGCGCCGUUCAGGCUGGAGAUCAAGGAUCUCGGGGAUCGAAGACGCGAGAUCAUCUAUGAGACGGGCCCCGAGGACACGAGAAUCCCUGUAACAACGCUAUGGACGAGGAAACGCUACUUUACCCACAAGGAGACGGUCUACAAGAAUGUAUACCUGGACGAAAGCACCGCCGGGAAACUGCGCGUGGUGAAGGAGAUCCUGCACCAAGAUCCAACUCGCGGAAACCGGUGCUUGGAGUUAGAAGCUGCAGCCCGGAUAGCUAAAGACAUAGGCCCCAGCUACACCCGCCUCUUUGUCGAGUUCCUGGGCUGGUUUGAGAUCCCAGAUGGAGUCUCGCUCGUACUGGAAUACUGUGCCCUCGGGGACAUCGAUCAGUUCUUCGCGGAGCCAGUGUCAGAGCAGGUUUCCAAAGCAGUUGCUGGUCAGCUACUCGAGGGAUUAGCCGCAUUACAUGGACUGGGGAUAGCACACCGCGAUAUCAAGCCGCAGAACGUCCUCAUUGCAGAAGCAGAUCCGAUCGCGGUGAAGAUCGCGGACUUUGGCGUCAGCAAAUACACGGCUGAUCGGACUAGUCUGAGGAGUCGAGUAGGUACCCCAGAGUACAUGGCGCCGGAGCUUUUGUUCGGCACGAGCGAGGAGUCAAAGUAUACAAAUGCCGUGGACAUCUGGUCGCUGGGGUGUCUUUUGUUUUAUUUAUUAACAAAUAUCCACCCUUUUCCGGGGUUCCGAGAGCUCGAUGAGUACUAUCAGGGCAAUGCACCCUACCCAGAUGGCCCUCUUGUGGAAUAUGGAGUGGGAAGCUCUGGACGAUGCUUCAUCCAGCGCUUGAUGAGCCCUGUCCCGGACGAUCGACCACCAGCAUCCAAAGUCUUGCUCGCAGAGUGGGAGAUAGGCAUAGAUAAUGCUCCUACUAAACAACCAAGCGCAGAGACAGCCGAAUCCACUCAGACCAUAGACGUCCCAUCGGAUUUUUCCUUGACAGAGACUCACUGGAGCGCACCAAGUAUCAGCCAGCUACCAAUGGACUACUGGUCUUCAGAACUCCUCAUCACCACAUCCCAACCCCCAAACGGAACACCCACACACCAACGGCGCACAAGAGCCCUGCUCGAAUCCGGCGCUGACCCAAACCGGAUUCAAAACGGAUACACCGCACUCCACCACGCCGCAAGACAAGGACAUCCCGAGACGGUGCGCCUCCUCCUGGAAUACGGCGCCGACACGUGGAUCAGAGCCAGAACACAGCAAGGCCAUGACUACGACUAUGAGGGGGAAACCGCGCUGCAUCUGUCUACACAGCGGGGCGAUUCCCAGGCAUUUCUGGAUAUAUUGCACCUGCUUGUUGCGCGCGGGGUCGAUGUAAACGCCCAGGAUGGGAUGGGGAAUACGGUUCUUUAUCUGGCGAUUGCGAGACUAGCCUCUGUUGAGCCUGUCGAGGCGUUACUGGGGCUUGGGGCGAGGACGGAGCUCCUGGGGAGGGGUGGGCUGACGCCACUACAGUAUGCGUUGAGUCUGGAUAGGGAGGAGAAGGCGCGGGUUUUGCUUUCUGGGGGCGCGGAUCCGGAUAUACCUAGUCCUGAUGGACGCAGGCCGUUGCACCGGGCGAUUGAAUCUACCCGGAUCUCGUUCGAGCUGGUGCGGCAGUUGGCGGAGAGCGGGGCUGAUGUGGACGCUACUGAUGAUAAUGGGCGCUCGCCGCUGUAUGAGGCGGUUCGACAGGGUAGAGCAGAUGUUGUGCAUUUUCUUAUUGAUCGGGGGGCAGAUACGGUGUUGGGCUCGGUGGCCAUGGAGAAGCGUCUCCAGUGGAUGCAAUUUAGACGGGGAUUGCCCUGGCCGUUACGAAAGUGA